GAACACCCGCACCGGACACCGGACACACCGAUCGCUGAUCCCCGCUGGAUCAGCAUCUCACAUCAGAACAGAACAAAAUAACCCGAAACUAACAGACAACCAGCCUGCGUAAUAAAUAAAGAUCCAUUUCAGACAGAAACAGACAGAAGGAGAGAGAGAGAGGGAGUGAGAGAGAGAGAGAGAGAGAGAGAGAGAGAGAGAGAGUGAGACAGGAGAAGAGAGAGAGACAGAGUUUAUAGUCAUGAUGUCCUACAUGAAACAGCCUCAUUACUCCGUCAACGGCUUGACUCUGUCCGGAACCGGGAUGGAUCUCCUGCACUCCGCCGUCGGAUAUCCCAACACGCCACGCAAACAGCGGCGCGAGAGAACCACGUUCACGCGCGCGCAGCUCGACAUCCUCGAGGCGUUGUUCGCCAAGACGCGUUACCCGGAUAUAUUCAUGAGGGAAGAGGUCGCGCUCAAGAUCAACCUGCCCGAGUCCAGAGUCCAGGUGUGGUUUAAGAACCGGCGCGCCAAGUGCCGUCAACAGCAGCAGCAACAGACCAGCGGCCAGACCAAACCCAGACCCCCGAAGAAGAAGUCCUCGCCCGCCCGCGAGCCCAGCGUCAGCGAGGCCAACGCCGGCACCACCUACAGCCCUCCUCCCCCCCCGCCUCCGCCCGGGACCUCCAUCACCCCAAGCUCCACCAGCGCCACCGUGUCCAUCUGGAGCCCGGCGUCCAUCUCUCCGCUGCCGGACCCGCUGUCGGUGUCCGGGACGUGCCUUCAGCGCUCCGGCGGGUACCCCAUGACCUACACACAGGCCCCGGCGUACGGGCAAGGCUACGCCACCUCCUCGUCCUACUUCACCGGGCUGGACUGCAGCUCGUACCUGUCCCCCAUGCACCCGCAGCUGUCGGCCACCGGGGGCGCUCUCAGCCCCAUCACCGGCUCCAUGAGCGGCGCUCUCAGCCAAUCCCCCGCCUCGCUCUCGUCCCAGGGCUACAGCGCCGCGUCACUGGGCUUCGGCGCCGUCGACUGCCUAGACUACAAAGACCAAACGGCGUCCUGGAAACUGAACUUCAGCGCCGCGGACUGUCUGGACUACAAGGACCAGAACUCCUGGAAGUUCCAGGUCCUGUAGGGCGUUCAGAAGGGAAAGUCCGUGCACUCUUCAAAU